AUGGACGGUAUCGACGGCAUCAACGACCGGGGCGCCGUCUGUUGCACGGCCGAGUGCGGCCAGUGCGGUGGGGAGGGCUGCGGGUCCGUGCCGGGCUUGGACAACACCAACUGCUGCAUCAACGGCGUCCUGGACAACCAGGAGCUCUGCUCCGUCGUCGGCGCCGCCCCUUGCGUGAUCGACAGCGGCAACGUCGCUCCUACCCCCGAGCCCGUCGCCGCAACCCCAGAGCCUGUCGCGGAAACCCCCGAGCCCACCGCUGCCGGCGGCGGAGGCACCGUUGACGUUGGCGGCGCGACGCCGGCUCCCUCCGCGGCCGACGGCGACCGCGAGAUCGAAAUCACGCCUGCUCCCAGCGUGGCCGGCGGUGGCGGCGGCGCUGCCGGCGGCGGCACCACCCCGGCUCCUGCCGCUGGUGACACUACCUCGGCUCCUGCCGCUGAUGGCGGUGGUGCUACCGGUGGUGGCACCACCCCGGCUCCCACUGUGGCCGGCGCUGGUGGCGGCGGCGCUACGGGCGGUGGCACCACCCCGGCUCCCACUGAAGCCGGUGGUACCCGCGAUGCCGGCGGUGACAUCACCCCAGCCCCUACGGCGGCAGGCGCCGGUGGCGGUGGUGCUACUGGUGGCGACGUGACCCCGGCUCCCACCGUGGCAGGCGGUGGCGCUGGUACCGUGGGCGGCGGUACCACCGCCCCGACUGUGGCCGGCGGCGCCGACUCUACCCCGGCUCCGGGAGACGUGAACGGGGACGGGCUGGUGAACUCGGCGGACACCGGCAUCGAGGGCGACACCAACGGCGACGGCAUCGUGGACGACGCGGACACCGGGCUGGUUGGUGACACCAAUGGCGACGGCGUGGUUGACUCUAUGGACUCCAUUGUCGGUGACAUGAACGGAGAUGGGCUGGUUAACUCCGCCGACACCGGCAUCGUUGGCGACACCAACGGCGACGGAGUGGUGGACGACUUAGACACCGGGCUUGUCGGUGACACCAAUGGUGACGGUGUUGUGGACGACUUGGACCUGGAGGACGUGAACGGGGACGGGCUCAUCAACUCCGCCGACACCGGCGUCGUCGGAGACACCAACGGCGACGGAGUGGUGGACGACUUUGACACCGGGCUUGUCGGUGACACCAACGGCGAUGGCGUGGUUGACUCCCUGGACGAGAUUGUCGGAGACGUUAACGGAGACGGACUGAUCAACUCCGCCGACACCAACAUCAUUGGAGACACGAACGGUGACGGAGUGGUGGACGACGAGGACACCGGGCUUGUCGGUGACACCAACGGCGACGGUGUGGUGGACGACCAGGACGUCGAGGUUGGAGACGUUAACGGAGACGGACUGAUCAACUCCGCCGACACCAACAUUAUUGGAGACACGAACGGUGACGGAGUGGUGGACGACGAGGACACCGGGCUUGUCGGUGACACCAACGGCGACGGUGUGGUGGACGACCAGGACGUCGAGGUUGGAGACGUUAACGGAGACGGGCUGAUCAACUCCGCCGACACCAACAUCGUUGGAGACACGAACGGUGACGGGGUUGUCGACGACCAGGACACCGGGCUUGUCGGUGACACCAACGGCGACGGUGUGGUGGACUCCCUGGACGAGAUCGUCGGGGACAUGAACGGCGACGGACUUGUCAACUCCGCCGACACCGGCAUCGUUGGCGACACCAACGGUGACGGUGUUUUAGACGACGAGGACACCGGGCUCGUCGGUGACACCAACGGCGACGGUGUGGUGGACUCCCUGGACGAGAUGGUCGGAGACAACAACGGAGACGGACUUGUCAACUCCGCAGACACGAACAUCGUCGGAGACACCAACGGCGACGGAGUUGUGGACGACGAAGACACCGGGCUUGUGGGUGACACCAACGGUGACGGUGUGGUUGACUCCCUAGACGAGAUGGUCGGAGACAUCAACGGAGACGGACUGGUGAACUCCGCAGACACGAACAUCGUCGGGGACACCAACGGCGACGGAGUUGUGGACGACGAGGACACCGGGCUUGUGGGUGACACCAACGGCGACGGUGUGGUUGACUCCCUGGACGAGAUGGUCGGAGACAUCAACGGAGACGGACUGGUGAACUCCGCAGACACGAACAUCGUCGGGGACACCAAUGGCGACGGAGUUGUGGACGACGAGGACACCGGGCUUGUGGGUGACACCAACGGCGACGGUAUAGUGGACUCCCUGGACGAGAUGGUCGGGGACAUCAACGGAGACGGACUUGUCAACUCCGCCGACACCGGCAUCGUUGGCGACACCAACGGCGACGGAGUGGUGGACGACGAGGACACCGGGCUUGUCGGUGACACCAACGGUGACGGUGUUGUGGACGACUUGGACCUUCAAGACGUGAACGGGGACGGCUUCAUCAACUCCGCCGACACCGGUAUCGUUGGCGACACUAACGGCGACGGAGUUGUGGACGACCUGGACACCGGGAUUGUCGGUGACACUAACGGCGACGGUGUGGUGGACUCCACGGACGAGGUGGUCGGACCUACCCCUGCCCCGACCUCCAGCACCGACGGCUCCCGCGGCAUCGAUGGCGACCGCACCCUCUCCCCCACCUCCGCCCCGACCACCGCCGCGGAGGCUCUGGGCAGCUCGUCCGCCCCGACCACCGCCGCGGAGGCUCUGGGCAGCUCGUCCGCCCCGACGCCAGCGGUGGACGCGAGCGAGGAGUGUCCCGAGGGGACGGUGCCGAACGAAAGCACCUCGACUAACCUCCGGUGUGUUAGCGGCGCGGUGGGUUUGUUCUCUGGCGGCCGCGCGUACUCCGGCGUGGUGUACGCGGGCGUCCUGGGCCUCGCGCUCGCCGCCGGCGGCGCGCUUGUUCUGUAAUGAGGAUUGGGUGUUAUGUGAUUGGAACGAAGGUGUUCUUCAAAGGCAUGAGCAAGGUGUACGGCAAGGAACAUGUUAUAUAAGAGGGCAGGCAUGGGUGUGGCGACUUGCUACGGCAGGGCUUGAUUUUCGAGAGGGACAUGACCGCUUCGUACAAAUUGAAAUUGAACGAACAUGACUAAUUUCGUGAGGUUUUGGCUUGGGAAUUACCAGUACAACGAAGUUAACACUGCUGUGGUUGUGUGUUGGUUUUUCCGGCAGAUGGGAGGAAGGGAGGCUGCUUUCUCGCGGUCUAUUAUCUGUUGUUGAUGCUGUUCAGUUUAGAAAUAUUUACCAGGGGGAGGCGGGCGGGCGGCGGUGAUGGAAAGGGAGGCUCGGCCGGAUUGUGUCAGUAGGAAGGAGGGUGUGUGUUAUGCACGUGGAAGGAUUGAUGUCUAGAUCACCGCAAAAAACUGUCCGUUCGCGUUCCACUUCCCCCUCUGGACCCUUGGCAAGCCCAUUGAGCGUUGGACAAUGAGUUUCUUCCGCGCUCGGCGGCACGUUAGAGAUGUAAUUUUUCUCUUGAGAACGAAAUUAUCCCGGAGAUAUAUAUUUUUCGGUUUAGGACUUCGGCAGAGGUGCUGUACUUGGCUGCGGCUCUUUUCGGUUUGACGGGCAAUCUGAUUAGCGUGUGCUCUUUACUUGUUCCUUGUACGCAUCUCGUGUGGUAAAACGUUUUCGAUUUUAGUUAAAUGUUGUCGAUUUCAUAAGAUUUCGGCUCCAACCGCAAUUUUUCUGUGGGGGAGAGGGGGGGGGCAUGUUAUUUUCGACAUGCCUGGGGAGUUUGCAGAAUACGCUUAUUUGUAAUCGGGGGUUUGGGGGGGUGGUUGUGCCAGUGCGUGGUUGGUUGAUGUGAGUACCGCCGCUCUUCACGGAACGGUUCGCGUUCUGCGGGAACCCUUCGAGCGCCGAGCAUGGCGGCGCUCAACCAUUUGCCACGGGCAAGCCGCGUGUUGGCCGGUUCUCCUUUUUUGAAACAGCAGCGAUAGCGCUGUUGUGUGGCAUGUUUAGUUGGUUUCGGUUUUGCCUUCAUUGUCCCAUGUGGUAUCAUGUCAUUGUUUUUUCGUGGUGUUCGUGCCGCAGCGGUAGCAGCAGAUUGGCAGCUACAGCAGUCAGAUGCGGCGAGGAGAGGAAAAUGCCCGCAGCAGUUGUUAGAGCACGGAAGCGCCCGUUGGAUAGAAGCCUCGUGUAUGGUGACGGGUUUGUGUCGUCUGUCUGCGGAAAGGAAAGAUCGCCUUGCCUCCCUGCACUUUCUCACUCCCCUUUUCUAUUUUUCGGACGUUCCUUGUGUAGUUGUAGUUUUUUGUGUGCGCAGUUGGAAAUAGUGCAAAUUUUUCUUGUUCACCGUUGUCAAUUGCAACGAUUCAUCUCACCACAGCAAGCUAAACGUUCUUUGGAACCCGUGGUUUGGACUGUUCGGCGUGUGAAGACUGGCGUCCAGAAUGAAAAGAACGACCCACACACACAAACGUGCACAUAUUUCUCUUCAUGUCUGUUACCGUUACCGUCUUCACUCCGAAGAA